UUUAAGCCAACGGAAAGUCGAGAGUCCCGAGUGCCGCGGUUGCAUUUCUCACCGAAUUCGAGAAGCGAAAAUAAUUUUAGUCUUAGUCGACCAAACACACGGAGUAAAGGAAAAGUUAUUAAUAAACUCGAUUUUCCUCGGUCAGUUUUAUUUUCCCCUUUUACAGGGGUAAAUCAAAUUCUAUAAUAAGGUUCUAGAGUCGGCUACUGGCUGGUUUGCGAGAACAGUAAAACUCAAAGUGAAGUAAAAGUUGUGCUCCUGCCAGGAGUCGGUUUGUGCGGUACAGCCGCAGGAUACGCGCGCCGUUAAGAAGUGUGUGCAUUUUUCGGGUCGAUUGUGAACCGUUCGUAGGAAAAAAACCCGAUCUGGAAACUGCUGCCCGGUAGAGCAAAAAGUGGAUCACAAAAAUGGUGUCCUUAGAAGACCUUAAGCUGCUGCGGGAGAUCGAGUUCAGCAAGGAAGGAUUGGAAUCCUUGAUCUAUUGGCGCGAUGUGAAGAAAUCCGGCAUCGUCUUCGGCAGUGGCCUGACCAUCUUGAUCGCCAUGUCACUGUUCUCGCUGAUCAGUGUAUUUUCCUACGUUUCCCUGCUGGUUCUGUUCGGAACGGUUUCGUUCCGAAUCUAUAAGAACGUACUGCAGGCAGUGCAGAAGACCUCCGAGGGACAUCCCUUCAAGGAAUACUUGGACUUCGAUCUAACACUGUCGCAGGAGAAGGUUCAACAGCUGACCACGGUCGCCGUGGCACAUGCCAACGCUCUGCUGUCGGAGCUGCGUCGUCUCUUUUUGGUAGAGGAUCUGGUCGAUUCAAUCAAGUUUGGCGUUGUCCUGUACUGCUUGACCUACGUCGGUGCCAUUUUCAACGGAAUGACCUGUGUCAUCAUUGCAUUCGUUGCACUCUUCACCUUACCAAAGGUCUACGAAAACAACAAGCAGUCGAUUGAUGCUUACUUGGAGCUUGUCAGAAGCAAAAUACUUGAAAUCACCGAAAAAGUAAAAGCGGCCGUUCCACUGGGCAAAAAAGCCGAAUCUGACAAGGAGAAAUAAGUCGAUAGAUCGUAAUUGUAAAAAAAAACAAAACAAGUUUUAUUUUUAAUUUAUUUAACUUGAUAAAUCUUAGCGAGGGAGAAAGCAUGUAACAAGCAACAAAUAAGAUGUGCAAGAAAAAAAGAAUAUUAACGAAAAAUCGAAUCAUUUUAUUUUCAACCAAAUUAAUUUGAGAUCCGUCUUAAGGCAAGUUCAGCUGAACCUUGAAAUCUAGUUGAUAAACGAGUUCUCAUUAAUCACGUUUACGAUUAAAAUACAAACAAACAAAAAAAAACUCAAUAAAUAGAUAACUGAACAAAACGAUUUCUCUUUCUGUUACCCUUUAUUUGAUUGUCGUGAUUACUGAAUGGAAAAUAAACGAAACAAACAAUAGGUAAAAAAGCAGAACUCACAGACACAUUCAUUCAGAAGAAACAUUAGCAGAAGUAACAUGCAACAUAGUAAUAGCAAAGUAAAACUUUUCACUACAAAACAAACAACCCUUCAAGGCACUAAAUGUGACGAAGGAAGGAUUAAACUGAGAUUGACAAAUGUUUAAAAAUAACUAGAAUCUGAGGACCGCCGUUCUGAAGCGGAAUCUUUCAUUACAGUCGUCAUUGUUUUUCGGUUGUUUAGUGAGACAGAAUAAUAAUCGUUAAUCAAAACAAAAAAAAAAACUCAACCCAAAGCAACCAAAUAAAGAAACAAAUACCUACUUUUCAUCAUUCAUCGGAUAAGUAUACAGAAACAACAGUGUUCAUCCCGUUAAUUUCCCAUUUAAUUCUCGGAUAGCCAGCCAGCCAAAUGCACCACGAAAAUUUUUGAGUUUUGUGUGUUUUAAUUGUGUCGUCAUAAGCAAAGUAUUAAAUUGACUCACACACCACCUCCCUCCCACACACACAAACACACUUACUAAGCAUAGAGGUUAGUUUCCUGUCCGGUUGUUCUGCGGAAAACAGAAAAACUCGGUCGCGCCUGGUUUUAGCUCGCUUAAGUGGUUCAUUUUUGUUGCCCUGUAGCCUGUGCCCCGCACCCGUAUCCGCGUCGUGCUUGGUUUGACCCGCUUUGUUGUGUCAUCAUCGAGUUUGCCUUUUUUGCGGUUCCUUCCGGCCGAAACCGCUGGGAGCGCCCCAUGUGUGAGACAUGUCCAUUUUUGUCCUGUUGAAUCUAGCUAACCCGAACGGAGGUAUUGUGCGAAAGUAACAAAAAAUUAAAAGAAUAGAAAUCUAUAUAGAAGAGCAAGCAGCCGCUUUAAAUCUCUGUGUGUACAGCAAGCAAGCAGCAAGGGGAGGAGCAGAAAACAAACACAAACACGCUAUAUUCAUAUAUUAUAUUCGUCUAAGAAUUAAGGCUUGUGUUUGGAAGUGAAGCGAAAUCAUCUAUAGUGUUAAGUGAACGGGAACACAAACCACACUACUCCUCGUCAAGUCUAUUUAGCCUUUAAUUCUGUUGAAGUUGUGCAUUAUUUACCCAAAAAAAAAGAUAAGAGAUAAAACACUAUCGAAUCUUUUUUUCGUUAACUCGUUAUCGCGCGUAAAAGCUUUGUUUUUAGUGUACAUUUUAAGCAUUAAAUCACCUUUCGAUUCACACCCUUUUUCUAGAAGUAAAUUCGACAAAGAUAUAAGAAAACUCUUAAGAUUGAGAAGAAAAAAUGAAAAUCACAGCAGCAAUGCAGUGUGACACGGUCGUCAUCUCAGAGGAUAUUCAUGACUACUUCACACACGCUACGAGCAGCAUAAGCACAUAAGACGAAGAAACAAAAGAUAAAAAAAAAUGAAAGAUAAAAAAGAUUGCUUACAACAAAAAACUUUAUUAUUAUAAUUAUUAGUAUGACUCAUUGAAAGAUGCGGUAAUAAGAAUAGUAAGAGGGAAAAAUGUCAUCAAUGCAAGAAGAACUGGAAAUACAUAAAUGAACUGGAAAAAUCAAAAGUCCUAGUCCCGGA